GUUACAUAAAAAUUAAAUUUAAUUUCAUGAAAUCAGAAAAAAUUGGAGGUAAAUAUUAUCAUUCUGUUAAAAUCUGAAGACUGAUUCAAUUGAAUUUCAUUUAAAAAUUGAAAUGAAUAUAAACCAUAAAUUUGAAUACGUGAAGACACUGGAGGGCAAAUCUACAAAAACCAUCAUAUUUAAUCUUUAAACAUAUACGUAUACCGUAGUAUUAUUACUUAUUGAAGCACAUUUCAUACACUAAUAAAAUUGUAAAAUCAAAUGAGAUAUUACCAUUAAAAUGCAAUAUUUCCAUACUUCAGUAAAGUAUUGGACAAAUUAAGAACCCAGUAUUUAUAAUAAUAAAAUAUACUUCCAUCAAUGAUGUCAAUUUUGUGAUAUAUUAAUGCUAAUUAGCAUAUAAGAAUACGCUAGAUACAAAUUAUGAAUUUUAUAUGCAAAAAAUAAAUAUUCAAUUAUGAAUUAAUUAGAGAGAUAAAAAUUUGUUAAAUGGUUUGAUGCAACAAUUUCUACACAUUUGUUCAAUGAUGAGGUUGAAAAAUUUUUUGCUAGAAAUAGUUUAAUGAUUCCAGUGUUAAUAAACUUAACAUUACUAUAAACAAAGAAAAAAUGUAUUUAUAUAAACACCUUUUUAAAGCAAAUGUAUAAAGUUUUGUAUCAAGUCAAUAUUUGUAAAGAUAAAAAAUCAAUUGUCAAUGCUCUAUGAAUAUAAUACUUCUUCCUAUGGCUGUGACAAUUAAGUGUUAUCUUUAUUUGAUAUUAACUCUGAAACAAUUAAUAUCACAAAAAAGAUUACACAAACAAUUACGCCAUUUAAUUAUUUAUUUUUUUCUCAUUUUUACUCUUUAGUGUGUUUAUUUUUUUGUUUUAAUCAUUUAUUAAUAAAUACUAUAUUUAAAAUAGUCCUCCAGUGUUGAAGAACGUCAACUGAAUAAUACGUCAUACAUCUGAUCUAUAAAAAAUUGCGUCAAGUUUUAUUGUAACAUUAUGUAAAUAGUGCAUGCUUUUAUCUUUACUCCAGUCAUCAUCAGUAGCUUCAGGAUAAGAUAUAUUUAAGUAUCUUAUUGAAAACGGCACGGAGGGCAUUUGAUAAACCUCCAAAUGUAUCAAUAGUAACUUCAGAUAUAUUUUUUAAAUUACUCUAGAAGUCUAAUCUAAAUUUUUGGUGCAAAAACUUCAUAUAAACUAAUAAUGACUGAAAAUUCUGGAAUGUAUGAUGUCAGUUGGCAGAGAAUAAAUACAGAAAUUUGUGAAAAUGAAAAUAAAAUUAGAAUGAGAUGGUUUAUAAAAAAUCGGCAGCGAUUAUUGGACAAUUUAGAGAAAGAUCAUGUUGGAGAUGUUGUAAGAAAUAAACUUAAACAGCUUAAAGAAUAUCAUAAGCAGUGGAAAAUUGAUGAACCAGAAAGAAAACCACUAAAAGAAGAAAAAAAACCAAGUACAUCUACAGAAAAGUUUGAUACCAGUUAUAUGUAUCCUGUUGAUCCUUCUGUUCUCGAAAUUCUUUAUAAAACAGGAUCAGACAAUCAUGAAGCACGAAAAAAUUAUUUAAAAAGAAGUGUUAAUUAAUCUUCUAGGCAUGAACUAAAACCUGAAGAUCGAUUUUACUCUACUGAAUGUACUAAUUGGGAGUAUGGUUGGCGUUUAAAAGAUUUCCCAAGAGUCCCGCCGACCAAACUCGGUAGAAAAUUAAUUAUCCAAGAUAGCUUUUACAGAAAAAAUGCUUCUAGUUUAAAUCGUGAUUCAGACUUAGACAGAAAAAUUCAAGCAACACAUUUGAAAUGUUACGAUGAUUCAUAACAAUUCUUUGGCACUUUAUUUUAUUUUAAAAUUAACAGUUGAAUAUUAUUCAAUAGUAACAUAAUUUUUAGCCUUUUACACAUCAUGUAGACAUGAAAUUUUAGUGAAAUAAUAAAAAAAUGCAAAGCUUUAAAGUUCCUAGAUGGUAUCAAGAAUUGUCAAUUCCUCAGAUGCAGCAAGUCUUGGCUUUAAGAGAAGUAAUAAAAUGUGAUUAUCAAGAGCAUGUAUCAGAAAGAACUCAAAAAAUAUUACGUGAUAUAGGAAUAACUUCAACAUUCGUCAGAAUACCAUCAAGCAAAAUCAAAAGUUUACAUAAAUCAGCUCAGCUUGAUCCAGCGCUCUUUUUAAGUGAAAUUUAUCGGUAUAUUACUGGAAAUUACUUUGAAGAUGAAGGAUAUAAAAGUGUUUAUGAUUGUAAUGAGAGACUUGUUUUAUCAGCGAUAUCAUUCUUGAAACUUCCUGAGACGAUAAAUGAAUUGCAUAAAAGAUUACCAUUUAGAAAAGAUGCCAAGUUUCCUCCUAAACCAUUGUAUCCUAAAGUUUCUGUUCGAAAACCUGCUAAAUCUCCAUAUUUAGAACCCUUAUUUGAACGCCCAGAUUGGAGGCAAUAUAGAAAAGAAUUGCAGAAAUGGAGAGAAAAGUGUAGUACAAUCGCUAAGCCUCAAAUCAUUUUACCACCUGCUUAUUUACUGGAAAAACAAGAAGAUUUACUAGAAAAUAAUCUUGCUAAAUCGUAUGUUAAAAAAAAAUUCAAGAGGGAUUAUCAAAGGAAAACAUCUCGCGAUUCGAAAAAAAAUUUUAAAAGCAAUGUUUUAGCUCCAGUUCCAAUUACAGAAAAUAAGCUUGUAGAUAAAGAAGAAAAGCUUGAAGAGAAUGAAGAAUUAGAAAAAUCUCUGACCAUAGAUGAACGAUUGGAAGACAAUAGAGUGUCAGAAAAUAAAGAAGACCUUUUAGAUGAUAAAAAAGACCAUGAAAAAGAAGUUGAUAAUUUUGAAGAAAUUAUCAGCAUAUCAAAAGUAAUGAUUGAGGAUGAAAAUAUUGACAAAAAUGUAAUUAUUGGUUCAAAUAAAUCUAAAAGUGUUUCAAAUAAGAAUUUGUAUGGGCGAGAGAAUUUAUCAUUAAAAUGGCAAGAAUGGUUUAAUGAUAUUGACCAUGAUUAUAGAAGUCUAGAAAAAAAAGCAAACUGUAUGUUAACAAAUGUCCGAGAAGUAGUUAGAAAUAUUUAUAACUCUGAUUUGUGUGAUGAUUGCUGUGCUUGUAGACAAGUUCGAAAGGCUUUGAUUGAAAAACAUACAUCAAAAACUCCAUAUUUAUUACUUGAUUCUGUAGUUAUGGAUGAAAAUGAUAAGACAAAAAUGGUUGGUUCUUUAGUAUUAAACUCACCACCAGAAAGUUUGCCAGAUUCAUGGACAAAUUUACCACAAAUCAUUCCAUCUCAGGAUAAAAUAAUAAAGAAGAACAUAAUUAGUGGAAUAACAGUUGAUGAGAAAGGGAAAAUUAAUUAUUUGAUAUCUAGUGUCGUCAAAGAGACUCUGCAUAUUCCUAAAAAAAUCAAACAUCUAGAUCCUGUGAUAAAGAAUGUUCCAUCGUGUUCCUGUAGUCAACAUGAAUUAGAAUCUAAUGAAAAAGAUAAAGAUGAAUUUCAUUGUUCAGAAAACGGAGUUUGUAUUGCAGAAAAAUAUAAAGAAAAUAAACUAUCUCACUGCAAUAAAUGUUCUGAUGAUAUUGCUGGGAAUAAAAUUUUUCGAGAUUUUGAAAAAGCUUGUAAAGAUAGAGAAAAUAGAGAAAUGCGAACUUUAAAACCCAUUGAUCAUCAAACCUGUACUCAAAGAUUUUUUGUAGAAGAAAAAAAAGAUGUUGAAAAACUAGAAGUUCAAGUUCCUGAAGUAAUUCAUCCGUUAAAAAAACUUAUGGAUGAUAUUGAUAGAGAAAAAAUGUUAGGUAAACCUAAAGUUUCGAAAAAAUCUCAAAUUAAGGAAUAUAAAGAUAAAAUAAGAUUUGCAAUCAGUGCUAUUGUUGAGAAUCCCAAUGAUAAAAAUAAUAGUGAUGAUGAAAUUAAUAAUGAAUGUUUAAUGGAAAAAUAUGUUUUAUCAGAAGUAACAAUGCAAACUCCGAAAACAAUAACUCCAGAAUCAAGUGAAUCAGAUUUAUCAGAUAUUUCAAUUUCUCCUAAUCGACCUCAUCAUCAUUGGUCUGUUACACAAUUUAUUCCGAAACCUAAACCAAUUGAAACUAAACCAAUUGUUAAGCCAAGAUUUCGCUUUGAUGUUAAUAAAUGGAGAGAAAUAAUAGAUCAACCAUUUAGAAAAGAUAUUGAAGAGCUAUUUGAAAAAGUUCGACAAUUGAAUUUAUCAGAUCAAUCAUUUAAUGAUCAAGAGGGAAAAGAUAGUUCAAGAAAGAAUAAAAUAGUCAAUACUAAAGAUUCUCAAGUUAAAAAAAAGUAUCAGAGACAUCGCAUUCGAAAGGUCAAGAAAAGAAAUGUAGCUGAACCAAUCGAAGAGACAAACACUGAGAUAAAUCAUGAAGAAGUACAACAACUGAGAACAUCGAGAGAAGAAAGUAGAAUAGAAAAAGAAGAAAUGUUUUAUGAUUUCAGUAAAAAGAGUUUAACUGAUUUAAUGAAAAUUGCUUUGCAAAAGAUGGCUAAAGAAGGAUUUUUACUAGCUAAAUUACCAGUUUGUUAUAAUAUCCCACCGUUAAGAAUGUGGAUCAUGUAUCGAGAAGGUUUUCUUUUAACUGAGAAACAAAAACAUGACCUCUUAGAAAAAAAUGAAAAAAUGUGGAAUUUAAUAGAAUCGAAAUUGCAAGAUAAAAUUGUUGCGCCAACGAUUACAAUCAAAGAACAAGGACAUGAAGUUUUUAAUUAUGAUAACAUAAAAAAAUUACAAGCAGAGAUUGAACUUAAAAAGAAAUUAUUCUACAGUAAAGUGCGAAAGUCGCGAGUUCUUAAGGCUCGAGAAAUGUGGAAUCAAAUGGAAUUUGAAAAAUUCCCCAACUUGGCUUUCAAACGAGCUUACUUUUUAUAUCAACCUAGUAAAGAAGCUGAUGGUCAUCUUAAAAGACCAUAUGGUUUUAAUCCUUCUUCUUGAUCAAUUAA